AUGUUGAUAUGUUCUCAUGGUGGGGCCUUCUGGAUUUUGGUGUGCGGCUUUGUGUUCGCAUCAACUUCUUGCAAUGCUUACGACUUCCAAUAUUUCCUGCCGCAAGAGUUCUUAUCGGAUCUUCCCUUGAGGGAAGGUAGCUUGGCUCUGGAGGUAAUCCAGCUCAUUCAGAGCAUUCAAAUCCCAGAUGCCCACCACAAGAAGGUCGAGGAAGGAACCUUCAGCGAAACGUAUGCAGACUCAGACUUCAAUUCCGCUAUCUAUCGUGAACAGCGGAAAGUUUGCACGCAGUACCGCCAGGAGGGAACCCACAUGGAACGCCCCAUGUGUGCGAGUGAAGUGGGACGCUUCGCGCUGCAAGCGCAGUUUGAGUUUGAUAUUCCGGGCCACCUCGAGAUCAAGACGCGUAUCUGCUUUGGUUUUUGCUGGCACGAAUCUGUCUGCAGCAAUCACCAUGUCAAAAUCACAGGCACAGUGGCAGUCAGCAGCCUCGUCGACGUCACGAAUAAUGCUGGAAAGCUGAAGAUGUCGCCGCACACCCAGGUGUCGUGGCUGGAUGGGCCUACGGUUCACGGUUGUCAUCCCGAUUUGCUGGUAAGACUUUUCGAGGAUGUGCAGCCAGAUCUCUCUGAUGGAGUUCGGAGCUUGGUGAAGAACUAUGUCGAGCAGAACCUGCAAUCGCCGCUGAGCUUUGAUCAAAACAUCUCGAUUCACCCCGGCUUGAACCUUACUUACACGCUUCGGCAUCUGGAAUUCGUUUAUUCGGACGACCCUAUGAACCAGAGCUUUGUCGUCGCACAUGCAGCAUGCACGGCAUAUGCCACGGCUCGCAACGGAAGCGUCCAGGCCUUUCCCGAAGCAAACGCCCCGUGGACCGGGCGGCACAGCCGGCUCCCCCUCAGUGACAGGUGGAACCGCGCGAUGGGCGAAGGGCAGGAGCAGCUUGUCUUGCUUGGUGGAGCCCGGUUUAGCCAGGAGCUUCUGACAAUGUUGGCAAGAAGCUUGCACUACAUGGGCUUGCUCUAUUCGGAGAAUUCCACCCACGUCAAGGAUGCGGUGCUGUACUCCACGAUCGACUUCGACUGCCCGCAAGUGGACAUUUCCCAAGCGCAGUCUGGGGUCCUCAUGAGACAAAGGUCUCUUCACUUCCAGGCUCAAUGCUUGGACGUGACAACGGCCCCUGCAUCAAAUUUCAGCUUGCUGAAUGCGACAUUCAGAGAUGUGGUGGAGCAGAUUUCAAUCAAAGCCUACGUGCCCAAUGAUCACACAGCUGGGAUUACGCUCCAUGUUCUUAAUGCAACAUUGUCUGAUGCAAAUUUGACAUCGUUCCACUCGAAAGCCUUCAUGGGGCAGGACAGUCAGUUGAAGGCCCUUGCACAGCAGGCCAUUCAGAACAGUAUUCCGCUGAUCAAUGAUCACCUGGACCAGACGCCGAUCACCUUCUGCGGCGGUGGAUCUUCGGCUUGCGCCCUGGUUCCCUUCGCUCCGCACCCGGCAGUCAGCACCGUGCCAACUGCGGGCGCUUCACAUCCUGGCUACGUCGAAGUGUCCUGGCACUGCCAGUGCGGGCACCCAGCUGUCUACGACCCCUGCCUGGGCUUCCCAUGCCCUGAAGUCCGUGCGAACGAUCUGAAGCAUCCGCUGGCAAGGCAACUGCGCAAGGGGAGGGAGGAGCCUGCACCCAUGGUGCUCCAGCCCCGUCCAAGAAGCCAGCAGGAACCCAAUGGCUCCUCCCAGUCUACAGCAGUGUGGGUGAGCAUGUUUGGGAACAGCGAAUGCAGAUUUCUACCAGAUGAGGUCAUGAGCUUCGGUCGUGUGGGGGAGGGUGAUUGCAUUCAGAGCUCCGAGUCGGCCUUGACUCCAGCCUUCCAGUUGCUUCGGGACACGAGCGGCGGGAGUGGGUGGCAGCUCUCCCGUGGAUGCACGGCAGAUUGCUCCGCUUGCAGCCUGAUCAAUUCGAUGCCAUUAAGGCGGUGUACUUGCAUCAGGUCUGACACAUGCCUGCUCGUCUCAUCCCUCGAGGAUGAAUGUGUUGGAGGCCUGAAACCUUAUCCAGAUCAUGAGCUGGUCUUUACGGCGCAGCGAAGCACUUUGUCCCGCUUUGUCGAGGCGAGGAGAUUGCGUGACUGCGUGCCUUGCGGUGUCUUUGAGGACUUGAGCUGCGCGGCCAACCGGGACCAAGGAAACCAAAGUGCCAGUUUGCUGUGCAGAGGCUGCCCCGCGCCUGCCACAGCGUGUGUCUUCCCGAACGUGUCCUGGGGAGAACAUCUUGUGCCGAAAUCGCCGCUAGGUGUAAAAAGCGGCUACUCGAAGGUGGUUCUGGCCACUCCAUCACUCCUCCCUGUUCUGCGUGCCUGUCCGGCUCCGGACGAUCGGGGCGCUGUGUCAGGAACUUUGGUGGUCGCAGUCCUGCUCGUGCUCGGCAUCAUGAUGGCAGCUGGAGUGCUGGCGAGGAAGCGAUUGGGCCGCGGUUGUCGCUGGAAUUGCCGCCUGCGCCUUUGGGUAAGGCUAUGCCGCAAGGAUAGUUUCUACCAAGAGCGAAGAUUCCAUCUGUGCCUGCUGGUGGGGGCGGUCUUGCUGUCAGUUUGCGGACUUGUUUGGAUGUGCUGCAAUCCGUUGGUCGGGCAGUUGAGUCAGAUGGUGGCCACCAUGGACGUCAGCGGCUUCGACCUUGAAGGUGCCUCCCGCAUCGUCGAAGCUUCCCACGUCCGUGGCACGUGGAUUCUCUUCGGUUUCGCCGCUGUCCUCGCCGCCAUCUCAGCACUCCGCAUUCUCUGGCUGCACGUCCUGGUGCGGGUCGGCACCUCACCUCCCUCCGAGCCGCAGGAUAUCCCGGAUCAGUUGACGGAGCACUGGAGGUCCUUGGUCAUCUUCUUGCUCGCAGAGGGAGGCGCCGCUGUUUCUUACUUGGCCUUCGUCUUCUGGCAACGCGACUUCUCCGCUUUGUAUGAGCGGCAGCAACAUCGAGUUGGUGAUCUCGGCAUCCUGUCAGGCGCCACAGCAUCGAGCGCCUCAGCCGUUUUUUGCAUGAAGCUUUUGCUCAGCUGGCUUGCGCCUUUGCUGAUCAACUCGCGGCUGUCAACCGGCACAGUGAUCUGGGCAACAUUUUGGUGCAGGGCAGCAUCCUGCCACAGGGCCCAUGGUGGCCGUGGACUUGAGACCACCGUGCUUGGCAUCCUUCUCACUCAGGAAACCACUGCACUGAUCUGGACCAUUGCCUACUUUCAUUCCGGCUACGCCUCUGCCAUGCUACUGUGGCUGGGGAUGUUCAGCACCUUCCUGAACGGGUUUCUGUUCUGCUUGCUCGCGUUCGUCGCUCCGCACUGGCGCCCCUGGCCCUUGGCCAUGGCUUUGGGAUGUGUGGCUACUCUGCAGUUGCUUGUCAACGGCAAGAUGGCAUGGCUCGUGGUGGAUGAAUCCUCACUGGCUUUUCUCCUAACUUCCGGCAUGGCGACUUUGUACUUCUCGUACUCAGCAGUGAUGCUCCUGUCAGAGUCAAAGGCCAGCGUGUCGACGGGGCGGCCCUUGCUUGAAGCUGACCAGCCUGUGGCCUUGGGCAGCUCCCGAGUUGAGCUCGUUUCGGUCCUUGCGCUUCUCUGGCACUGGCUCCUGGAGAAGGAGGAGGCUUCGGCUCCAAGCUUCGGCGCGCGCAUCAAGUGGCGACGACUCUGCCUGUUCUUGGGCUCCUUUGGGCUCAUGGUGGAUCUCCAGAGAACGCUGAGGCACAACAGCGAGUUCAGCGCAUGGGACGACAUGAAUGCCUUGAUUGCCUCCUUGUUGAGUUCGCGCCAUGCGGUGCUCGAUCCUGAUCCCGACUCUGGCCUCAAGUUCCUGGCCCUGGCUCUUUCCAGAAGCAUCGGGUUCAUAGGAAGUCUGGCAUAUGCAAGUGGCUUGUUGGUUUUUAACCUUCCCGACUAUGUUGGCUUGUUGGACUUCGGGGAGCUCCAGCGCUGUGGCAGCGGCUUUUGCAGUGCCGUGGCCUUCUCUAUGAAGACAGCGAUUGGGUCGGGACUUCUUGCGAAAGCCGCUGUGGAGUUCCUCCCUCUCCUAGUCUCGUUCUCCUGGACGCUCUUUCGGAUUGGGUUCUUCUUGGCCUUGGACAGUCGCAACGCAGAUGCAGUCAAGGCUUUGAUGUGGGUGACUUUGAGUUGCAUGCUGCGGCUGUCACCGUUGCCAGGAACCGCUGCAUUCAUCGCCAGCCCCGGGCAAGAAGUCAUUCUGUGGUUCUCCGCCUUCCUCCUCAUGCCAGCAAUGCUAUUGGCAGUCAUCGUGAAAUUUCGGCUUACACAUCUUGGCUGGUACUUCCUGUGGGGUUGGGUCCUCUACCUGGUGCCGCUGCUUAUGAUGGCACGCUACGCUUUGGGAAUGGACCUUGCAACUUUGCUACAUCGCCUCUACAAGUACUUGAAAGCCGACUGGCCAUCCUUCUUGGCAGAGUUCACACUUUCGGACGUGGUGUUGUCCGACUUGUUCUUUGCCGUUCUCUUCUCAAAGCCCUCUUAA